GCGGAAGGCCUCCCAAGGCUGAAAUUAGGUUGUUCAAUUAGGCUGCAGUCUUCCCUAGAGGCUCUGGGGAAGAUUGUGCUUCUAGGUCAUCGAGGUUGUUGGCCGGAUUCAAUUCCUUGCAGCUGUAGGAUGGAGUUCCCCAUUUCCUUGUCCCAUUUUCUUGCUAGCUGUCAGCUGGGGGCUGGUCUUUUUGUAAAAGCUGCCUACGUUCCUUCCCGUGCUUUCUUUGUGGCCACUCCAGCACUGGCCCAUCCAGUCCCUCUCGGGCUUCAAAUCUUCAAAUCUCGCCCAAUUUCCCUUCUGCCAUAUCUUUUGCCCCCGCUGGAGAAAGUUCGCUACUUUUAAGGGCUCACAUGAUUAGAUUGGGCCCACCCACAAACCAGAAUAAUCUCCCAAUCGUAAAAUCUUGUUUAACAGCUGCAGAGCCUUUUGCUGUUUAAUGUAACAUAUUACAGUUUGCAGGCGUUAGGGAUUGACACUUAAGGAUGAGCAUUCUGCCUACCACAGUCUACAAAGAGAACAGAAAUUGUCCAAGGGUUGCCAGUGUGACAGAGCUCAAAACAAUACCAGAGUGAUCCGUCCAAAACGCAAAAAGAAGGUUUUCUUUCCUGGUCAAGGUUCUCUUCUGCCACCCCGUCACCACUCGUGCAUGGUGUGGAGGUUUUAUCUGUGAGGCAACACACUAAGACUGGGGCCCUGCUGAUGAGGCAAUGGUUCCAUACCAGGCAAGCUGAGAGCACCGUAGGCGGCCACAUCCACGCUUCCCGCAAGCACUCGGUUCUUAGAAUGAGAUGUCACUCAGGGAAGCUUGCCAUUCCCCCAGAACAGUCCCUGGUCCCCAGAACAUUCAUGUCCAAAUCUUUCUGUGGAUGUAUUUUUUAAUUUCCUUUGGACGGAUAAUGAGAAGCACAACUUGGAGUCAUACGGGUAGAGAUGUCUGCCCAGAGGUUAAUUUCUAACAGAACAUCCCAGCAAUCUGCAUCUAAUUCUGAUUACACCUGGGAAUAUGAAUAUUAUGAGAUUGGACCAGUUUCCUUUGAAGGACUGAAGGCUCAUAAAUAUUCCAUUGUGAUUGGAUUUUGGGUUGGUCUUGCUGUCUUCGUGAUUUUCAUGUUUUUUGUGCUGACUUUGCUGACCAAGACGGGAGCUCCACACCAAGACAAUGCAGAGUCUUCAGAGAAGAGAUUCAGAAUGAAUAGCUUUGUGUCAGACUUCGGAAGACCACUGGAGCCAGAUAAGGUGUUUUCUCGACAGGGCAAUGAGGAAUCCAGGUCUCUCUUUCACUGCUACAUCAACGAAGUGGAACACUUGGAUAGGGCUAAAGCUUGUCAGCAGACCACAGCCCUUGACAGCUGUGUUCAACUGCAGGAAGCCAUUAGAAGCAACGGGCGGCCAGAGGAGGAGUUGAACAGGCUCAUGAAGUUUGACAUCCCCAACUUCGUGAACACAGACCAGAACUCCUCCUUUGGGGAGGAUGAUCUUCUGAUUUCAGAACCACCUAUUGUUCUAGAAAAUAAGCCAGUUUCCCAGACGUCACACAAAGACCUGGAUUGAGAAACAUACUCUGUAAAGUGUCUUCCUGGAGAUGUUGGAUCCGUCUUUGUAAAGCAAGAAAUCUCCACUGACCAAAGUUGUUUGUGUGUGUUGGGAGGGAGACAUGGGAGACAGAGAUAGAAAGAAAGACACAGAGAAGAGAGCCCCCUCAGAAAAGAGCUGAAGAAGCUGAGUUUCUGUGCCUUUAAACACAGUUCAGGCUUUUUUGAGAAUAAAGUAUUUGCAUGGUCUCAUCUUUCUUGUUGUUGAAAAGUUUGGCUGCACAGAGUGUCAGUGUUCUUGAAUGGGGGUUAGCAUGCUGCAUUCCAGUCUGGCCCUGCCACCACCACGCUCUAUUUUUAGCAAGUUGCUUUACCUCUCUGGGCUGCCACAUUGUUCAUUGUAACAUGAGGAGUUUGAAGUAGAUGACUCAUCCCAGCUCUAAUAUUUUGUGAAUUUGUGACUUUGCAUCCAGAAGAAGCUGGAAUGUACAUAAUACAGUAUAAACCAGGGCACUGCCUCCUAUCUCUUGUAGGAUGCCCUAUGUUGGUACCUUCCACUCAGCCCUUAACUGAGCCCAGCUUUUGUCAGAGGUCCAAGCAUCUAUGAGGAGGUCAGAAGACACAUCUCUCAGUCACCAUGGCCAACAUUUCUUUGAUUGUACUGAAAAAGCUCUUCUGAGAACCUCCAGCCACCCAUGCUAAAAGCUAGGGCCAGCCCUGCCCCUCUUCUCCCAGAAUGAACCAAUUCAUGGUACCAAUUCAUGGUACAUCGCAUGGCACUCUUGUUCCCAGAAAUGUAGAGAAGGUUGUCAGCUCAGUGAGAGGAGGUGCCUUUUGUAUCUCUGUGUUGGCGUGCGUCCGUCACAAGAAGAGUACUUGCCAUGCUAUUUACUUGGCAGAUGUGUAGGUGAUAGUCAUGUGACUCGUGUAUGGACUUUGAGCUGAGAUGGUGAAUGGGUUGUAAAUCCCCACCAACAGAUAUGCAGGGUGGCCUGGUGCAACACAGAGUUAAUUUCAUGAAAGAAUCCAGUCUGCACACUGGUAUUGGAAACAACUUGGUUUUGCGCACACAGUUGCUUGCAUGGCCAACUGCUAAUCUCUGGGUGGCAUUUUCAUCAUGAGUUUGUUUACCACCUGUCUUGCUAAAGCUAAAAAAUAAAUGCAUUUGCACAGGAA